AGAAGGAUGGAUGCUGCAAUGCUGACCACCUUUGCUGAUGCCAACAUGCCUAAAAGUACCCGUUCCAAGCGGGAGCAGAUGCGCGAGACAAAGAGGCGUGCACGUGCAGCUGAGUCAGCCGAAGCACGAGCUGUACGUUUGGCAGGCAACGCUGCGCGCAUGGCUGACAUAAGGGCAAGGGAAACGCCGGAGAUGCGAUCGGCGCGUCUGGCCAGCGACGCAGCGCGUGCACGCAACAUAAGGAAGAGAAGAAAGGAUGCUGCAACUCUGACAGAGAAGCUAAAGGGCUUUGCUCGAGGGCUGGAUCCAGAAAGUAUUAUUGGUGCCAACGAUUCCACCGGAGAACUCAUGUUCCUCAUGAAAUGGAAAAAUUGUGACGAAGCUGACCUUGUGCCGGCGGAGGAGGCCAAAGUGAAAUGUCCGCAGAUGGUCAUCUCUUUCUAUGAACAGAGACUUGCUUGGCAUGCGUAUUUCACCGAAGACGAGAAAACAGAAGACAAAAACUAACACAGGACAAAAGGGACAGGGGGAAAGAAAGACUCUAGUGCUCGGUCAUCUUGCUGUGACAUUGUAUCAGUGAUGUGUUUAUUUCAUUAGUGUGCCUUGUUUUUACUUGGUUUACUGGUUUAACGGUGCUUUUGAGAGCCAAACUGUGUCCAUCUCAGCUGUUUCCGUAGGACUUAUUUGGUGUACGGCUACGAACCCUUUUCAGUGAUUCAUUUGGUCAUUGGUAAUCUUUUUAGUGUUUUUCAUUGUCACGUCUUGCUUUUCGGUUUUGGAGAUUAAAGCACUUUUUGUUACUCUGCUGUUUCAGCUGGUGUCACUUUAAAUAAAACAUGACCUUAAAA